GGAGCGAGGGAAGAGAGAGGGUGAGUGAAUGUAAGAGAUAUGUUGUUUAUACUGAGCCCGGCUCAAAUUCAAUGCCAUCAGUGCACCGGUGCUCACGUAAUGUGGGAAAUUAAAGCUCAGACACGCAGAGUCUCAGGAACCGCGGGACGUUUCUUGGAAUACAUUGCAUGCUUCUAUCUGGCGGAUGCGUGAGGAAAAGAAGCUUCGAAUAAACUUGGGUGAGAGCUUCAAAACUACAGCUUUGCAAGUUCACAUGGGGUGGUGAAAUACCUCAGCGCUCUUCAUCAGCACAGCAGCUUUUGUGUCAAAUAACCAUCAACUGCAGCUUUGAAAAACUGAAUGAAGCAUUUCUCAGAACUCAUGGAUUAUCGUUGCUGAUUCGAGACAACAGAGCAUGGAGACCUUCUCAGAGGAGGCGGGUUGGGAAGGAUCCCUCCAUGCAACCGUUGCAUGGUCUAACUUCUCCUCCGCAUUAUCGGAGCAUACUGGACUUAACAGUACUUUCAAAGGAGGCUCAUACUUCUGGUUGGUGUCUCAAAACAACUCAGUAAACCCCACUCAGACACCCGGUCCGGUCAGGGUGCGGGACAUAUCUCUGGCUAAAGCUGAGAUAGGAGUUCUGGGUCUGGUUCUUGCUCUCACAACACUAGGGAACGGUUUUGUACUGUGGGUUCUGCUGAGGCGGCGCAAAUACAAUGCACCCAUGCACCUAUUUAUGGUCAAUCUGUGUGUUGCGGAUCUUGUGGUGGCGUUUUUUCAGGUGCUCCCGCAGCUAGUCUGGGAUAUCACAGAGAGAUUUCAAGGUCCUGAUGUCCUGUGCCGCUCAGUCAAAUAUCUGCAGAUUGUGGGAAUGUUUGCAUCCUCUUAUAUGAUUGUUGCUAUGACUGUGGACCGCCAUAAUGCCAUCUGCUGCCCCCUGCAGGCUUACAAAGGAGGGGCAGUUUCACGCUGGAAUACACCCAUCAUGGUAGCCUGGGGUCUAGCCCUUGCUCUCAGUGUGCCACAGGUGUUUAUUUUCUCCAGGUCUGAGGUCUCUCCAGGGGUGUUUGAGUGCUGGGGGAAUUUUGCUGAGCCUUGGGGUCUGAAAGCGUACGUCACCUGGAUGACUAUAGCUGUGUUUCUGCUUCCUACCUUUAUCAUCACCAUUUGUCAGGUCCGAAUAUUCAAAGAGAUCCAUGACAACAUCUACCUGAAAUCAGAACGUGUGGUUUCUGCUGACAUGAAGAAGAACCUAGUCAUUUUUCACUUUCCCAUCUUCAAAAAGCGGGCCAGCACAGUCCGAGAGAGAGCUAGACGCUCACGAAAGAAGAGAGAAGCAAGGGAACUUCAUAAAAAGAAGACCAACAGUGAGUCAUCCCAUUCUCACACCUGCAACUGUGAGGACGCACCAGAGCCAGACUGUUGUGACCAAUCUUAUCAGGAUGGCUACAGUCCCGAUAACCCGGCCUCACAGACUCACAGUUCAUCUCCUGAUGUGCUGCCUCGGAUUCAGACUCACCCUCACACCAUCUGGAGCAACUCUGCUGCUGUCCAGGCACCUCACAGGAACUCUUACAACUCCAAUUCAUCUUUCCCACCUUACCCCCUCCAUCCACCUCUCACAGGUGUGUCGAAAGCUAUGUCUAAAACAGUGAGGAUGACUCUGGUCAUUGUGCUUGUCUACACCUUGUGCUGGUCACCUUUCUUUAUUGUACAGCUGUGGGCUGCCUGGGACCCCAAUCCCCCUGACCAAGGAGUGGCUUUCACUAUCCUGAUGCUCUUAGCCAGUCUGAACUCUUGUACGAACCCAUGGAUCUACACAGCCUUUUCCAGCAGCGUUUCCCGUGAACUUCUCGCUCUUCUGCGCUGUCGGCCGAAGCAGCCCCGCAGGAGCUCAAUGCACGACCACUCCAGCGACAUAAACACCUCCACUACCAAGGACAACCAGUACUGACCCCUACCAAAUAAACGAAACUUCAGUGUCAGCAGAGACCGCAAUUUAUCUGGGUGUAUCUGUCCUACUCAUGUGGAAGACAUGUUGACUCUUCUGUUCAGAGGAUUUGACGAUGCCUCUUUAACCAAGUCAACUGUGAAGAGUGGCUUAUUAAUGACCAAAAUGUAUGGCAUGAAUUUGAGGAUUUUAUGCAAAGAUGGACCCAUGGAAUAGUCGUGAGACUGAUCUUUGCUGUCUAAAAACCGGAUAAAGAACACCUUACUGACUGUCAUAAUAAACAGGAAAAUUUAAAUAAUUUAUUGAACAUAUAUUUCUUUGAAGUAUUGUCCACUACUGUGUGCAAGAUGGAGAUAAACGUCUUAACUGCAGAGGAAGAAGAGAUCAAGGCCUUAACCCCACAGCCAUUUAUCAGUCUUUCUGCCGUAAUUCUUCUACAGAUUCACAGCUUUUAUGGCAAGAACCGAGGACGAAUAUGAAUUAUGUGAUUCAUGCAUGGAAACUACACCCAGGGGACAGGUCAAAUACAUGCCAAACUGAAAAAUCCAGGACUGAAAGUGAUAUACAUUCUUUAUUGGACAAGUAUCUGACGAAUGUCUUUUGUACACAUUCAAGUACAUUUGUCAUAUUUUGACAAAUUUGUAUAUUUAAUGAGGCAUACUGAAUGAGACUGAGGAAAUAAUAACUGUUUAAUUUAGUGAAACACCAGCAGUGUGCAAACAGCAGCGAUUUCAGUUCCUCGAUAAUAUAUAUAUAAAUAUGUAUAUAUAAAGCUUAUUUAAAGUUGUGUGAGAAUGAAAAGAAUUAAUAUGAGAAGAUGGUAAAGGAAAAUUAGUAGCUGAUUUGACACGUUGUACAUAAAGGCUUAGAUUCAAUGAAAACACACAAGAUAUACUGUAAAUAAGUGAAAAGAAAUAUUCUAUUGAUACAGAUGUUUGUCUAAAUAUAUUUAUUUUGCAUUUUAAAGAGAAAAUGUCUUUGUCAAAUCCUUGUGAUAUAAUCCAGAAAUAAAAAUAUCACAUAAACGAAUUCAAGAUUCAAAGUCUCUUAAAAUGAACCGAGCAUAAGUACACUCUGAAAUCAUGUUUUGUUGUUGUUAUCAGUAGACCAGACCUGUAUUAUUUGACUAAAUAUGACCUGUAGCUUUUGUAGCUUUUAUUAUGAAAUGGAAGUGAACUCGACCAAAUGAACCAAUCACCGCAGAUUAGGAGGGGUUAGGAAAACGUAAUCCUUGCACAAAUCUUUUAGGAGUUGUUGAGCAAAUAAAGUAAAAUUAAAUGCAAAUUCUAAGACAAUGAAAGUGUUUUUUGACCUUGCAUGCAUGUCAACCUGUUCUUAGGGACUCCCAAAACCAAAAUUUGAAUAUUUCAAAAACCAGAGGGUUUUAUGUUAAAAAACAUCAUGAUGUAUUUGUUUGUUACAAAUGUGCUGGGUUUUUUUUUGCUCUACAAGACUUAAAUAAUGGACUGGGUCAUGCCGAUCACCUAUGGAUUAUUGUGAUGUUAUUAUCAGCUGUUUUGACGCUCAUUAUGACGGCACCCAUUCACUGCAGAGAGGAUCCAGAGCUAGUGAUUUAAUUGUUACAUUUCUUCAAAUCUGUUUGAAUGAAGAAAUACAUUCAUCUCCAUCUCAAAGAUGCAAAGUGCAUUUUCAGCAAAUUCUUGGGUGAAUUAAUCCUUUUAAAAUACUGUAAUCCCGUUACGGGGGCCAGUUUUGUAUGCUUAUAUAGUUACAUGCUGCAAUUAAAAAAUUGGAUUUUGUUUUUUUUGGCCAGCUAUGCAUUGCUAGUUGUUGCACAAUUGCAAAAAAAGUGCUGUGAAAAUUGUUCACGAAAGCAUACAACUGUUUAUAACGACAACAGACAAUUCAUACUAAAACAAAGUGUUUACUUCAUGGAAGGAUAGUAAUUGGAACAUUCUGUGCUCACUUGCAAAACCAAACUAUGUCCUUAAAAGGGUAUCCAUCCCUCUGACAUCACCAUACGCACGUCUCUUUGGAUCCCAGAUUAUACGUGGAAUCCUUUUAAGUCAGUAUCCUCUGAGAACAGGAAAUACAAUGAUGACCAGUAUUAAACUAAUGUGAAGUGCCGUGAGCUUUAUUAAACGCUUUUUACAUGGCAAAAACAAAGUACAUCCGUUUUGAAGUGCAAACCUGAAAGCCAGGGUCAUGCGGGACAAAUUUGGAUCUCUGAAACAUUCCUAUGAAUGAAACCAUAAUUUCUUCUCAUCCCGUAGUGUUUGUAAGGCAGCUACGCAGGGCUUAUUAAUGGCCGUGGUUCGGGAAGACCACUGAAAUCCUGCCAGUGUUGGAUGGCGUUCUGUGUCCGAGGUCAUUCAUUAAUUCAUAGCCGUUUCUGGCAGUUUUAUAGAUAUAAAUAAGGAGUGUAUCCGUUGAGAGGCUGACAUGCAGUGGCUGACCCUUCAGUGAAGAAGUAAUUAGGGUCAAAUAUAAAACGAAACUUACAAAGAAAAUCAAUCUGAUUUUUUUUUUAUAGUAAAAUAUAUCACUCAGUAAACAGCAUGAAGUGACAACAAAGAAUUUAAGGUUUCAAAAUAGUCCAGGAAAGAUGGAAAUUCCACUCUGUAAUUUUCGUGUCGGAGUGAUGGAUUCUGAACUUUUCAAUCCACAUGGUAAGUGUUGUCCGCAACAUUUUUUUUUUUCCAUUUCAAAAGCAUCUAUGGAAUCUCAUAUACAAAUAAUUAUCUUCCUGACAGCAGGGUCCUUCAAAACGAAGUUUACAGUUUUCAUUAUGAAGUAUAUUAUUGUAGCUCUGUCCCGUGUAACUGUUUAAAAUAUAUCCCAAACCACAGCUGAGAAAACCAGAGCAGGAAAUAACAGCGUGAACUUCAUGAUAUAUAAAACCUGAAUGAAGACUGUUGUCGCAUUCACAGAUGCAUGGGUGUAUACAACAUUAUUACAAACAGCUGGUCUACAUUAGCAAUUGUAUAUAAUUGCUGAGAGAGGGCUGUACGGGAUAACGAAGUAAGGACGCUUAAAUCUGCUGCUGCUAAAAUAAUUUGCGCAAAGAUCACAUCGUGAAGAUACAAUAUAGAAUCAGCCUACGUAAUAAAAAGCCGCUCAAAAUAAGAUUAGUUCGUACCCCAUUUCAUCUCCAAAAUAUUUAUCUAAGAGCCUUUUGCAAGAAUGUUUUCCAGAAUUUCUGCAAGAACCUCUUGUUUAUUUUACAGUAUUGCAUAAGCUUCGAGCAUUACUCUCUAAUAAGGAUGAAAUUACUUACACCUUGAGGUUCAGUUCACCUUAGGCCGCUCUGGCAGCUGGUCAUGUUACUGGCACGCCGCUGGAUACUGAACAGACAAGAAACACUUUUCUGAAUGCCAGACAUUGCAUUCUGUUUAAUAGCCCGUCUCGUUUGCACUUACAGUUAAUUGCACAUUUCUGUACGUGUCGCAGUAUUAAGAAAAGUUAUGAAUGGCCUAUAAAGUUUAUAAAAAUGUAAAACUGUCAAACGAGGACUGCAGAGUUUGGAAAGCACUGUGGAAUGAACCGGUCCAGCGUUUUGUAACUUGUACCUUUUGUAGGCAAUUAUACUGUCAUUUUUAUGGAAAGACAAAUGUUUCAGGUUCGUGUCAUUAUAAUUUGGAAAAAAUGACCAUGACGCUAAAGCUAUUAGUGUUAACUAAAUCUUGAAGAAAAUCUUUGAUGACUAUGAAUAGUGACUUUGCUCGUAUUUGAAGAGUCUUACUGCCCUCAGGUGUUCACUGGUCAGAACUACAAUUGCCUUUUAGAUUAACUUUUUAAAAAUCGUGCCAUUAACUGGCACUUUACUGAAAUAUUAAGUAUUACCAUCAGAUUAAAAACCGAAUAAACAAUAUACAGCACAACGGCAAUAUGCAAAUUGCCCACAUUUAAGGAACUUCUGCCUCAAAAAAAAAAAACAGGGACACAUUAAUUUCUGUUUAUGGAAACAUAACUGAACAUGAGGUUGGACAGCAGGACCCUUUGUCAGGACACCGUCAAGAGCUCAGUUCAUUGACACCCGUGAAGGUCAAUAAAUAUCAAAAGGCAAUUAGAAAUAGAAAAUCUACAGCUUUCUAUUAAAUAUACAGGAACUGUUGGGACGACAGUGUCUAGCCUAUGGCUCAGUGGUGUUUUGAUCGUGACCUACCAGCUAGAGGCGCUGUAGAUGAUUCUGAAGGGCUUUUUUGUUCUGGUCAGUUUGGGGUUUUCUUUUCUUUUUUUUCUUUUUUUUGUUUCUAAAUUGCUGUGCAACUUUUAUCAAAGUGCUUAUAAAUCGC